CGUGCGCGGCGACGACGGGUAUCAAUUCAAACGCUUUCUAGGUUAUGCGCCCAAUCUCAAAGCGCGUAGAGAUAGUGUGCUUCAUUGCGAAUAUAUACUAAUAUAUAUAUAUAUGUAUAUAUGCGUCCCAUAAGAAAAGAGCGAGAGAGAACGAGGAAAAAACAAGGGCGGCGCGGCGUUCGUGUUUAAGCUGUAACAUCUAUAUGAUGUCUUGUGUGUGGUACUGGUGUUCGGCUCUCACAUCAGUGGUGUAGGCCCCCGAUGGCGUCCAACGUGCUCCCCGUUAACGGCGGUUCGUUGCGUGGCAGGCAAGCCGCAGUGCCCGUGUCCUUGGCCAGAUGAAGAUGAAACGCAACAAGCACGAUCUCGUCAGCGCGACCCUCGAGUCUUAUCUCAAGCGGCGCCGUUACCAGGAUACAGAAGUGUUCAAGAAGACAGAGAAGGUCAAUUGCUGUAGCAGUGAGGAAAUGACAUUAAGUGUUACAGCAGAGUGUGGCACUUCCAGAGACAAUUCUAUUGUUUUUAGUGCAAUUUCCAAUGAUGUUGUUGCUGCUGAUCAAGCUUAUCAAAAGCUGAAACACUGCAUAAAUGGGUUAACGAAUGAAAAGCUUAAAAUAGAAUUAAGGAAUAUCCUUUAUCCAGUUUUCUGUCACCUGUACCUGGAAAUGCUGCAUGCAGGCAACCGACAAACUGCAGUGCAGUUCAUGAGAAGUCAUCAGGGGGAUUUCACAUCGGACACAGAGAAAGACUUCUUAGAAGAGUUGUCCAGUGUAUUCUCCAUUCAAGAUAUUGAAUUGAGACCUUUUGUGAAUGCCUUCAGAACAAGAAAGUACAAAGUUGACCUGUCAGAUGAGGCACAUAUGAUUCUACAAAAAUUUUUGGUAAAACAUGGUCAUGUCAUUCUUAUGCAGGUAAUCAACACACAUGUGACGGUCAUAAAAAACCUGUCAGACCUGUAUUCUACAGUCGACGAGUGCGAGGACGAGCAUGAAAAAAGGGCUGAUGUAACGAUCAAUGGCCACGUGGAGCAACCUUGCGGAACUGGGGUUGAUCGUGAGAUGCGUGAACUUCAGGAGGCCAUCAGGUUGAUGCGUAACGGUGCUCACCAGCCACUCAGGAUUUUCACCGUCAAUAACGCCACUGAAAAUGCCAGUUGCGGUAUUCUCACACCGAAUAUGGACAGGCUGGCAGCAGGAUUUAGUACAGCGGAAAUUCGAUUGUGGGGUAUUGGCGACACAGUCCUCACAAGGCCAAGGUUUCGGAAUCCCAGCAUCACACUUGCCUGCGAUUCUUCGCCGUCUGUUGAAAUUUUAGAUGACAACGAUAUCGAUCAAGCAGGAGCAAUUGUACUCAGGGGUCACUCAGACGUUGUUCAUGACAUGAGAUUCAUAGGCGAGCCUGACGUGUUGCUCUCAGUGUCCAGUGACAAAGAUAUGAGGGCUUGGAGACUUAAUGAUUACACAUGUGCUGCUGUUUAUAGCGGUCACAAUUAUCCUAUAUGGUGCAUGGACACCAGUGUAUUUAAUUUGUAUAUAGCUACCGGUUCUCACGAUAGAACAGCCAAAUUAUGGUCAUUAGAUAGGACUUUUCCACUUAGAAUAUUUGCUGGUCACUUUUUGGAUAUAAACUGCGUGAGAUUUCAUCCUAAUACUCAGUACUUGGCAACUGGCUCCUCUGAUAAGACUGUUAGACUUUGGAGCAAGGACGACGGCAAUCUCAUGAGGUCUUACGUUGGUGCUCAGUCUACUAUUUAUAGUCUUGCCUUUAGUCCUGAUGGAAAGUACCUGGCUGCUGCUGGCGAUGAUAAAAGUAUAGCGAUAUGGGACCUGGCGACAAACUCUGUACUCACCGAAUUAAAAGGCCACCAAGAUUCAAUUAUGAAUUUAGAUUGGUGUUCAGAUGGUGAAUACAUUGCUAGUUCUAGUUUAGACGGUGUGGUACGUCUCUGGUCGACUCAGGAAUACAUCAAAACAGCAAACACCAGUUCGUCGAAUGUUUCAUCAACAUCAAAUCCUCAAUCGUUCGUGACAAGUUGUUCGAGUAUACUAUCACUACGCUAUUAUAACAAGAACAAUUCCCUCGUAUGUAUAGGAACAACGUAAACCAUAAGUGAACGAGGAUAUUGAAUAAAAGCCAUGUGUCCCUUGUUCGACCGGUAAAAACUCAGUGGAGGUUCCACUAUGAAUGUGGUUCCAUGGUGGCUGUGAAACAAAACAAACUCGAUUAGUAUUUUCAUCGAAACAAAAAAAGAAACUGUGUACAUAAAAAAGUGAGAAUGUGUGUGUAAUAAGAAAACAAAAUAAGUAAAGCAAACCAGAAUUUUGAAACAUCCCUAUGGAGAUUUUCCAAGGUAGAUCGUUUUUUUGAUGAGCAAUCGAAAAUGCUAAUAUAAAGUGGAUGUGCGAAUUAAAAAAAAAACAAUGCCUGCAAAUAUGCGAACGUUAUUGUGUUGGGUGUACAGAAUCGUUUAAUAUAUUAAAAAAGGGAAAAAAGAAUUUUUAGU